AUGUACAAGGAAUUUGCCGUCGAUUUGAGUCAUGCGCAGGCUGUCAAAGUCCUGCAUGGCAAACCCGUUCGUUUGAGCCACUCCCAGUUGAACAAAGGUCAUUCGCAUUAUUUCCAUCCUGAGAAUUACAAGAAACUUGUAAAAGCGUAUGAAUCUGGAAAAGGAACAACAUUACAUAUGUCUCAUGGCGAAGUUCUACGUACUCAUCAAUCAGGCCUUAGUGCUAGCGCUGCAUGGACUUUCCUCAAGUCAAAUUGGAAGCCAAUCACUUCCGGCCUUCUGGACGGCAUUGCUACCGCGGCUGGACCUGAAGCUGCUCCAUUGCGUGGAUUGGUGAAAGACGUUAGUGGAGUUGGAAUGGCUCCUCCCAUGACUCGUCGUCGUAUUAAGGGCGGGAGCUUUCGAUUGGGAUAA